AUGUCUUUAAAUUAUUCUGAAUCUUUAAAACCUUAUGAAAAUAAAGGAGAGGUAGGAAUGGAUGAAAUUCAUGAUACGUCAGAAGUUUUAGAAUCAAAAAUUGAAACAUUAUAUCAAUUAAUUAAAAAUGCCUCUUUUAUUGUUGUUUAUUGUGGUGCAGGUAUCUCAACAUCAUCUGGUAUUCCUGAUUUUCGUGGUCCAAAUGGUGUAUGGACAUUAGAAAAAAAAGGUAAGAAAUCUUGUAGUAUAUCUUUUUUGGAAGCUAAACCUUCUUAUACUCAUAUUGCAUUAAAGAAGUUAUAUGAAAAUGGUAUAAUAAAAUUUGUGGUAAGUCAAAAUGUAGAUGGAUUAUUUCAUAGAUCUGGAUUUCCUGAAAUUGGUUUAGCAGAACUUCAUGGAAAUGUCUUUGUUGAAAAAUGUGAUCAAUGUGGUCGUAAAUAUUAUAGGCCAUAUGUCAUUGGUAGUGUUGGUUUAAAACCAACUGGAAAACGAUGUGAAGGAACUUUAGCUAAAAAACCAUGUCGUGGUAAAUUGGUAGAUUUUACUUUAGAUUGGGAUAAUGAAUUACCAGAACCUGAUUUUACUAUUGCCAAAAAGUAUGGAAGAAGAGCUGAUUUAAGUAUAGCUUUAGGAACAAGUUUACAAAUUGAACCUGUUGGAUCAUUACCACUACUACCACGUAGAAAAUCUAUUAAUGGAAAUUUUGUAACAGUAAAUCUUCAACCAACAAAAUAUGAAAAAAAAGCUUCAUUAGCUAUACAUGCCGAAGUUGAUAAAGUAAUGAAAAUUUUAAUGGAAAAAUUAAAUAUUUUAGUUAAUAAUGAAUACUGUUAA